AUUGUCUUUCUCAGGCAAGCCUCAUGGCAUGUGCCAUUUUCUCUUUCUGGCCCUCUUAUAUGGAGCUUUUCCCCGGUAUCAUUCAUUGAAGGUUCCAGUUCGCAGGAUGGGGUUUGACAGCGUGGACUGAGGUACGCUUCCCGUGUUUUCCGCGCCGUUGUUUUAUUGGUUAAAACGAAAGGGGGCACUGAGUCUGCAACUUUCGCCCACUCUCUGCUAUCUGAAUUAUGGUGGGACGCGCUAAUUUAGGAAUGACAAGCCUGUUUUUCUCGUCUCCAGUUUGCUUGCAAGUUGUAUGCAACACUUCUUGAGCAGCCUUGUUGCGGACCCCCCGCGUGCCACCACCAGGCGGCUUCGGUCACUUCGCUGCUUCGCGAACGGAAUCUUUUCUCACUUGCGCGGGAACUGUCAGCCAGUCCACACCUACACACUCCUUCAGCGUGACUUGCUUUACACAUCUUCCGUUUCUUUUAGAGGAGCGCCGCGUUCUCGAUGACCGCCAUUUCGCUUUCGCGUUUGUACUGCAGCUUCCUGUCGGGGGAAACGGAGUUCUGUGUUCUUUCCAGCGGCAAAGUCUGGGGGUUCCCAACUGACCGGUUUGGUAGACUGCAUCCGCGGGACACGCUGUGCAGGCUCAGCUUUGCGUAAAGGACUUACCCAGCACAUUUAACGUUCACUACCACGGAAAAAACUUUUCUUUCCGUGCUCAACUGCGCCUUCUCGCUCGGGGUCCCGGAACUGCGUGCUUUUUUGCCCAGCUCCCUCUUCGUGUCCCCACAAUGGGCAACACGGAAUCCACGGCCGCUGAGUUGCACGACAACUACUUGGCGGUUCUUAAAAGCGUCGAGGGUCGGUUGGGACAGUACCCAAGCCGAACGCUCUCCCCUCGGUCGCAGUCAAGCGGUGUGGAUCGGUCUCGCGCGAGGGUACGCCCCGAGGAGGCGUACCGGGAUCCUGGAAAACGGGGUGCUGGAAACCGCCCUCGCAACUUGCCAUCCAAAGGCGAGAAGCCCUCUCGGUCUGCGCACAAGUCGGGAUCCACUUCCUCAGUGGACCAGUUCAACAACGGGCCUGGUGCGAACCGGAAACACGGAAAGGACAGCGUCCAGCGGCGCGAUGAUGCCCCGCCACAAGCAGAUCAGGAACACUCUUCGCUUCAACCAGCUGACGGCAAGCGCCGGCCUGCCGCGAAAGGAGAGACUCCCAAUGUGGAGUCGACUGCGACAGGAUCCGACUGGGGAGACUCCGCUGUCAACGAUUUUGCUGAAGAGGAUAGCUGCGCCGUUGAGAGUCCAGCACACUUUAAGCUUCAGACGAAGGAGUCGGGUGUCAAGGCACCUUCGCCGCGCCUCUUCCCCUGUGAAACGCUGUAUGAGGUCACUUCGCAGAUAGACCUCGCGGAUGAGAAAACGCAAGUCGAAGACGGAGAGCUCAGCUCUCUCCCGAGUUCCCCCACGGCCUCUGCAGAGGUCGCGACGGACAAGCCCGGGGAGGGACGGACGGCGACGCGGGAAGACACGCGGACUGGUCGGUCAGCUGAGGGAGACAGAGGGCCUUGCCAUACAGAGAAUCAGGUCGACGGAGCAGACGCGAAGGAGAAUGAGUCAGACAACUCACACGGCGAGUCAGACCAAGACCUGCGACGUCGGAGCGACGGCCGCGGUGCAUCCUCCCAGAGAUCCAGGGACGAGGCCUCGAACAGUGGCGAGCCUCCGUCACAGUCGAAACCGUCGCAGCUUUCAAAGCAAAUACGGAAGAAAGAACUCGCCCCGGAGCCUCUCCGCGCAGCAGAUAUCGACCUUUCCUCAGAUGUCCGUGUCGGAGCCUCGUUGAAGGGGGGGAAGGGAGGGAAGGGAGACGCUGAGGGUGAUAAUGUCGCCGACCUCACAGCUGGAUUCGAGGGAUUUUCGCCGUACUCGCCCUCCUACUCUCUUGGCUUCAGUCAGCCGUCGUCGAAGAAGGCUGCAAAAACGACAGCUGAAAACUCCAAAGCACACCUACCAGGAGGAACCCGCGGCAGCGGCAACAACACUGCUGUCGACCGGGACGCGUGCAUCUACGGAAACAAGAAAAACCACUUUCCCUUCCUCGACGAACCUGCCUUGUCACUGCUUGUACCAUUUCUCUUCGGCAGAAGCCUCGCGACUUGCAUGACCGUCUGUCCACACUGGUUCAUGAAAAUCAAUCGGGCUAUGGAACGCAUGUGUGGGCCUGCCACAAAAGGUUUCCAGCAAAUGUACUCAAAAUACUUGGAAGUCUGGGGAAGCGCUGUCAAACUUCAGCCUCUCCAGACAGUUGGCGAUGGCGGAGUCCGCGUGGACUGGGUGAUUUUUGCCAAGGUCCUCCCGGAAUGUGAAGGUCACAUCCUUGACAUAUCGUAUACCUAUUCCUACAUUUCCGAAAGUUCGAGUUCGACUGCUCGUCCGGUGGACGAAGCGGACAAGCCCGCGGCGGGUGGGAAGAGAGAUCGCGGACGGCAAGGAGAAAAAAGGCGAUCCCUUUCUGCCAACUUCGACGAAGGCGUCAUUCUCUCUCCGUGCGGACAGCCUUGCCCGACCAACAUGCCUUCGCGCGUGUUCACGGUGUCUUACUCGCUGGCGGCGGGUGCGGCGAAGAGCAGCCGAACGCUUUGGAUGCACCGAGACUUGUGCCGGUUCCACGGAGACGAGACUGGGGUCGCUGCCAUGGGCUCCGUCUCAAGUGUCUGCGUAGGAGACUUCGUGGAAGUCGCUGUCACUGUGUACAACGGAGGCGGGCGCGUUGCUCUGGACAAAGUCAAGUGGCUGCCUGCGCGAGUCGAGUGGAGACGGGAGGCUGUUUCGACUCGCGGCGUCUUCAACAGAGAAAUCUGUCCUCUCGAACGCUGCUCUCCCGACUGGCUUCCUGCAGACCAGUUCCGCAUCAUGACUACGGAACGCCUGAAGGCUCCAGAGGACUUCUCGCCGUGUUUGAAACAUGUCAAGACAGAAUUUUCCGGAAUGGAUGUCGCCGUUCGCAAAUCAACAUAUCGAGCAGUCCGCCAAGGGUCGCUGGGAUCAGCAGCGUGCCGGUCUUGGGGGUUCCCUUGUGAGAUCCUUCCUCAAGGCGUCCCUGUUGUUUGCUCCCUGACGCGCUGGGGACUCCAGCAUGAUCGAUUCCUCUCCGUUCAGCUGCGCGAGGGCGACAUAAUCGAUUACUACAUGAGUCAGGGCGGAGCCAAUGCGUGAGGGAGGUCUCAGGGAACCCCCGUGGAAUAUCAACGGCGCUUUUGGGGAUCAAUGCUGUUUCAGGGGCACCAGCUCUUCGAAAUCUCAAUAGUUCUGCACCAAGGUUUCAUGGAGCCGAGUUCCGGCUUUGUUCAACCUCGCAGAUGAGCCAAAUAGAAGCUUCAAGAAGGGCACUAAACAGAUUUUGUCAGUUCAGUGCUGAGCCUUCUGGAGCACGGCAGGGGAUCGUAUCCGUGUCUGUGCGGCUUAGGUAUUCUUGCAAAGUGGGGUCGACAGCGGUUACUCAAUUGCGGCCACAUAUUGUUUCGGAGGACGUGGAUGACACUUGUGAAGCACCGCGAACGGACAACGUUUCGAGAUACAUAGUCCUUGUCGUCAAAGGCUAGAAAUAAAAUUCCUGUCUGGGGAAGGUGCGACUUCGCGCGUAUAGGUGCUCAGCAAGUUUUCCGAAGGGUGGGAGCAGCAUCGAACGUUUGUUUCUCGAUGAUCUGAUACUCCGUUCUCCGUAAAGUCAAGC